AUGGAAAACUGAACAGCUCCGAUUUGGCUUCACCUUUCAUGACGUCAGAAACCCGCGCCGUGAUUCACUUUUGCUGUGUAAUAACAGAUUGCAUCUGAAGUGGUGGUUGCUUGUGGUGUGUAAAUACGACAGAACCUUUCAGUCCUAACGUAAUUUACAGAUUUUUUUAAACAUGGAAUAUUUAAUCGGAAUCCAAGGACCAGACUUCGUCUUAGUAGCAGCUGAUAAUGUAGCUGCAAGCAGUAUCAUUCAGAUGAAACAUGACUACGACAAAAUGUUCAAGUUGAGCGAGAAGAUUCUUCUGCUGUGCGUGGGUGAGGCUGGAGACACCGUGCAGUUUGCCGAGUACAUUCAGAAAAACGUGCAGCUGUAUAAAAUGAGAAAUGGUUACGAACUCAGUCCAUCAGCAGCAGCAAACUUCACCAGGAAGAAUCUGGCAGACUACCUGCGUAGCCGGACCCCGUACCAUGUGAACCUGCUGCUGGCCGGUUAUGAUGAGACUGAUGGGCCGGGGCUGUACUACAUGGACUACCUGGCGGCACUGGCCAAAGCUCCCUUCGCUGCCCACGGAUACGGAGCCUUCCUCACCCUCUCCAUCCUGGACAGAUACUACAAGCCAGAUCUCACUCGUGAAGAUGCAGUAGAGCUGCUCAAGAAGUGUGUGGAGGAGCUGAACAAGCGCUUCAUCCUGAAUCUGCCCUCCUUCAACGUGCGUCUGAUUGACAAGGAUGGCAUCCAUGACAUGGAGAAGCUCCCACUGGGCGCCAAGUGAUCACCUCCUCCGCCUCCUGCUCCUCCUGACCCAGUCUGAUCUGAUCGAUAUUAUUUUUUUGUACUGCAUAUUUGUUCCUGACCACCAACCCCAUGUUCUAAUAAAAGAAGAUGUCCUCGGUGGAGGACAUAGGAGA